ACAUUGUCAGUUUGUGUGUAAUCGUGUCUAUAUGCUAACCCCACUCACUAAAUCAAUUAGCUGCAAUAUAUUAAAUUACACCACACUUCAAAACAUAAGAGCAUUUUUCGUGAAAAAUCAGUGACACUUAACGAGUGUACCAAUACGUUAAUCUUACUCAUUAUUAAGAUUCAACAAACCAACGAUUCACAAUGGGAAAAGGAUUUAACAACUAUAUGUGUAAGAAGUUCUUUCAUCCUGCUUCAAGGGAUAACUUGAAACGAGUUUGGAUGGCUGAACAACAAGCUGUAGCAUAUAAAAAAAAGCAAGAAGAGUUACGUACUCAGUAUGAAAAAGAGCAGGAUCUUUACAACAAUAAAGCACUGUUGAGUAAAGAAAGUAAAGACAAAUUGAGUGUCAACUUUAUGUAUGAACCUCCCCCUGGCGCAAAGAAGGAAAAAGAAAAAGAAGACAAUGAACCUGAAUUCAAGUUUGAAUGGCAACGUAAGUACAACGCGCCAAGAGAAAGUUACUGCAAAGGAGACAAUGAAAUCAAGGAUCAACCAUUUGGCAUACAGGUCCGUAAUGUCAGAUGCAUAAAAUGCCACAUGUGGGGUCACAUUAACACAGAUAAAGAAUGUCCACUGUACAGUAAAGCGAUGAGUCUUGUGAUGUCUAGCAAUAGUACCAAAGAUGAACCCACCGAAACCCAUGAUGCUUUAACAUUAGUUUCGCAGAUGAAAGAAGAUGGAUUAAAAUUGAAAAAGUCUGCUCAGCAACAUAUAAGUGUACCCCAAGAUGGCCAUUUAAUGGUAUCUGAAGAUGAAGAAGAUCAUGAGAGUGAAGAUGAAGAUAUAAAAUUUAUUAGAUCUUUACCAUUGAAAGAGAAACUCCGAUUUUUAAGAGGAUUAGAAAAAAUAGAAAAAAAAGAGUUAUCUAAAAUAAAAAAACAUGACAUGAAACAUCGUAAAAAAGAUAAGAAACGGAAGCAUGAAAGAAGAUAAAAAAUUAAAAUUGUGUGCAUCUGUAAAUAUCAACAUA